UGUAAACAAACCCAAAGGGAGGGACGUUUGAGGUAGAUUUCUGGGUCUAUUUGAGAUAAUAUUUCCUGAUUCUAUGGUCUGUCGUGGUGAAUAAGAACCACCUGCAAUGUCAGAAAGCCAUCAAGAAGUCAUAGAACCCAUCACAGAAAAGAAGACUGAUGAAAAAUGAAUGGCCAAUCCUAUAAACUGCUAAUGGGAAGUCUAAACAAGGAGGAAGUGGAAGACCUUCCGCUCAAAAUGGAGGAUUCCAAGUGGUGUGAACGUGGAAACGGUCGAACAGCUUAGGGGGAAAUUGUCAGAGGCAACCAUCAGCCUUUGAGAGAACCUCUCCAGACCUCCCUGACCCCCGUGACCCCCCGCCGGACCCCAUGGACCCCCAGGCAGAGCCCCGGUGGCGCGUGGCAGCGGUGGUGCCAGCGGCGGGCUGUGGCGAGCGCAUGGCCCGCGAGACGCCCAAGCAGUACCUGGAGGUAUGCGGACGCCCCCUGAUCGUCUAUUGCUUGGCGUCCUUCGAAGAGGUCCCGUGGCUGACGAAGGUGGUGGUUGUGGCUGACGACGUGAGCAGAAUGGCACGGGUGGUGGCAGAGGCAGGGUUGGCCAAGGUCGAGGUUGUGCAGGGCUGCCGCACCCGCCACCGCUCCAUCCGCGUCGGCCUGACCGCGCUGGCCGAGGACCCUCCGGAGGUGGUGGUGGUCCACGACGGCGUGCGCCCCCUCGUGCCCCUCGCCACCCUCCGGCGGGUCGUGGCGGCGGCGGCGGAGCGAGGGGCGGCGGGCGCGGUACGGCCUCUCGUGUCCACGGUGCUGCGCCCCGGCCCCCUGCUGGAGCACGGCGCCGCGGGGAUGGAGGUCCUGCAGGAGAGUCUGGUGAGGAGCGACUUCCGGAAUUCGGAGAUGCCGCAGGCGUUCCGCUUCGCCGUCAUCGCGCAGGCCUACGGCAGCUGUAGCGACGAGGAACUAGAGCACGGGACUGAGUGCCUGGCCCUGGCACUGAAGCACACAGGAGUGAGAGCCGCUCUAGUGCCUGGAACACCCGACCUGUGGAAAGUGACGGAGGCGCGCGACCUUGAGGUGGCACGGGCCGUCCUGCCACGCCACACGCGCCACGUCGCCGUUCUCUGCGGCGCCCCUCCACCCGUCGACGCCCUGGGAAUCACGCCCACGGGAGCAGGGAGAGCCGAACUCGCUACUAAAGACGCCGGGAGGAGCACAAGGGCCGGGGUACCUUUCCUGGCGUCCUGGGCCUCAGAUAACGACUCUGACGGAGGCACCGACGGCGGUUGGAGGCUCGCAUGCGGCGCGGAGUGUACCCGAGUGAUUGGACUCCUCGAACCCCACUUCCGCUCGCACUCCUCGAGCCACCGGUGUUAUCGCAGCCUCCAGGAUCUUCAGCGCCUCUCCAGCGACGCCGGGGGAAGGACCUCGGUCGCGGUGGUGGCGGUGACUUCCCUUCGAGGACGUCCCCUUAGCCUUCGCACCCAUCUGGAGGAGCUGAAGCAAGGGCUGGGCUCCUCCUCGUGUCUGAUUCUUAUCCUGUCGCUGGCGGAGGGCAAGGCUAAAGCGGAGGAGGCGCCCGGGUCCUUCCCCCGGUCGCUCGACAUUCCCGCCCUUCAGGAGGACGUCAGGCAGACCUUCCAAGGACACGGAGCAAGCGUCACUAUCCUUCUAAGGAACCCAACCGGUCGUAGAAGUCAAGCUCCUUCGACAGACCAGAAGGAGGUGGAUGGAGUAGGGCAGAAGGAGAACCAGGAGGAGAAGCAGCUCCUUGACCUGAUGGAGGCGCUGUUGCAGCAACACUCCAGGGCUUUCCACGGCCAGGUGUUAAUCGUAUAGCAUACAGUUUGAUAAUCACGGUUAUCAGUAUUGGUGCCAUUCUGUUUCCAUUCUUUCCAAGAGGUUGUAGAAGAUCGAAGUUUUAGGGAAACCGGGCUGUUCUUAUUUCCCCCCCGAGUUAUGGCUAAUGUUUCCCAUAUUAAAAACUUAGAGACGGCGAGGAGAUCCAGUGACAAGUUAUUGAUGGUGUCCGUUGCGGAUUCCUCGGGCGAUUGUUGUCUUACUUUUUCCAUUCUCUUUUCACUUCCGGUUCUUCCUUAUCUCCUUUUCUUUUCACUAGCACUUCGUCGUCGUCUUCUUCCUGCCAUUCCCAUUUCUUUUCUGUCACUCACUUAACCCUCUCAUUUUUUUUUCUCUCUCACGGGAUGCUUUCGUUCAUUCUUUCUUAUUUUUCUUUUCAUCUCGGUCCCAUCCCUUCCAGUGAACCCUCUUCUUGUCUCUCACUUCCUCUUCUUUCUCUCCUUUUUUCUCUCUCUCUCCCCUUUUUCUCCUCUUCAUCUCUGACCUUCCUUCAGUCCUCGAUCGUCGCUGACUUUUCCUAUUGUGUUACUCCUAUGUCAUUCGAUUCAUCCCCAAUCCCAUAUCCCGAAUCUCUUAUCCCAAUCACUUAUCCCGGAUCUCUUAUUCCAGAUCCCUUAUCACGAAUCUCUUAUCCGGAACCUCUCGGUUCGAAUCUCGAAUAGCCUUACUCGUACUAAGUCUACAUUGCUGCAUUCACUAGCGUUUACGUGAGUCCAAGCUUCCUAAAUGGUGAAUCAUUCUUCCUGAUCCAUCAGUACUGUGAUGCUGGAGCCUUUUUUUUCCUCCCUCUCUCCCUCUUCCUCUCUCUCUCUCUCUCUCUCUCUCUCUCUCUCUCUCUCUCUCUCUCUCUCUCUCUCUCUCUCUCUCUCUCUCUCUCUCUCUCUCUCUCUCUCUCUCUCUCAUUGGUUUGUUACGACAGGUUGUCUUCGUUGCUUCCUAAAUGCCUAGUUUUUUUCGCUGUCGAGGAAAACACUGACAAAGAAUUAUUAUUUGUCAUGAUAGACAGAGUCAGUGAAAAGACGCACAUGCAUACGCACGCACAAAAUUUUCAUGAUUUAAAAUCUAUGCUUACCAUCCUCUGUCACAAUUCCCUUGAGAAAAACCCUUUGAAAAACAACCAUUCCUACGGUGCACUGUAGAUGUACUAUAGGUGUUGAAAGACUUUUUCAUGGAGAGAAUUAUUUUUAAAUAAAUAUUUUGAUAUUU